AAGGCUCGAGCUGUCCAAACGGACAGAGAGGACAUAGAACAUGCUGGACACGGAUCGCACUGACCGCUCGACCGAACGAGAGCCACUUGUAGCACCGACCUCGCCCAGCUCCAGUGGAAGCUGCUUUUGGAAGUCAGUGGCCGUAUUGAUCGUUCUUGUAAUUCUUCUAGCGCCAGUGGUCUCAGUGAUUCUGGCGUUUCCAUUUCUGACAGGUCUCAGCUUUCAGUCGUCCUUAGCAAUUGCUCUCGGUGUUCCCCUUCUUGGCAUCCUGAUCCUCAUUUGGCCCGUCUCUGUCUUUGAUCCAGAACCUUACGACAAUGUUGGCGUCACGCAGUUCACCAUACUUGGUGUUACCAUGACUUACCAAAACUACUUUCGAUUGCUGGUGAGUUUUAUGUAUGCUGCUUCAACCACAACCUGGCGCAGUGACUAUGGCAAAUGGUUUGAGGACAUUGCAACUGAAGACAAGUCGAUUGGGAGCUUUGCAAACUCCAAAUUGUACUAUAGCCAUCAAAGCUGCAAAGAGAAGUUGCAACAACUUGGCUCUAGAAUCUCUAGUGGCACUGCCUGGCGAGAGAGUCAAUUGGCAUUGGGGUUCUUCAACAACUUGUCAUGGCCUGAGGCAGGAAGAAUGAGUUUGGGACUAAAGAGUGAAGACCAUGCCUUUGUCCGGCCAUUUUUGGCCGAGAUGUUUGGCAGCAGUUCGUGGACUCCGGCUUCUCUGCGAAGUCAGUUCCGGGGUCUUUUCGCUGAGGUGUCCGUCUUGGAUCACAACAAUCGGACUGGGCACCGUGGAAGUCGCGAGCCCUUCUUCCCCUCGUUGAGCAAGAAUAUCGUAACUCAGUGGACUGUGAAGAUUUUGCACAAAGUGGCACUAGACAUCGAUUUGACGGACUCUGAGAUGCAAGAUCUCGCGGCCUUACAAACAGUCAACCUUGUGGUAGCUGGCGCUACCUCCAGGGUCGCCAGAAUGUUUCUUAUGUGGGCAUUCUUCACAAACCCCAAUCUCAUCACUCGUGCAAGGUUCAUCGCCAAGUAUCGGCCAUUCAUAAGAAAGCGUUGGCCAAAUGUUGAGUGGACCAACAAGAAGUUGGAUUUGCUGAGCUCCGUUUUCCUGGAUGCUGUAAUGUUCGCUGGGGGCCGCUCGGUUCCCGUCUCCAUCGACUUGGUCAUGGGCUACAUACUUACAAAGAACAAGCCGGAGUCAAUCCUGGGAGUAGACUUCAAGCAGGAGGAAAACGUCCGCCGCUUGAUGAUGGAGGCCAUGCGAUUCCAUCCCCUGGUGACAACGCUGCCCUACUGGGUGAAGAGCCCUGAUACGGCAACAGGUCAAGGCAAGUGGGAGCCAGAAGCAGUGUGCAUUGAUCGAGCUCUUGCCGACCCUUCAAUAUUUGAAGACCCUGACAUCUUCAAACUGGAUCGUCCAGGGCAAGGGAGCACGGAGUCUGGAGGCUCCUCCAAUUCUAUUGCCUGGGGCGAGUUUGCAUGUGUGGAUGGCAAGAAAGAUCAUCCUUAUUCAUACUGUUGCCCUGGCAAAGACCUGAGCAUCAACAUGGUCGUUGCUUUUGUACUGGAAUACUUUGCCGCAGGGCCGUGGACUGUGGAGGAUGAGGACAUUGCCUUUGACUACUAUGGCACAGCGAACGGUUUUAAGUGUACAAAGAUUUCCUAAGUGGUUUUGAAUGCACAAUGUGUGUAGAAAAGGUGGGACGGGAACACCAGCGCUCAUUGUUUGUUUGUGCACAACGAGAUCAAUCUCCGCAAACGAGCAAACGGACCCACCACAACACACUAACUGCAAAGAUCAACUCUAGCACAAGACCUACAAGCGAUGGCCUCCAGCCUAAUAGUGGACAAACCAAUGACAAACAAUGCACCAGGAGGUGAAGCUUUAGUUCCUA